AUGACAACCUACGACAAAGGCGCAAAGCCAGACAACGGCCAAUUCCUCGCGUUCGACCACGUCCGGUUCCAGGUCGGCAAUGCAAAACAGGCGGCGAUGUGGUACUGCACCCACUUCGGGUUCGAGCCGUUCGCUUACAAAGGCCUUGAAACGAACAGUCGUCAUGUGGCGCAGCAUGUCGUCAGACAAAAUAAGAUUAUCUUCGUCUUCGAAUCGGCGCUAACCCCUGGAAACCACGAGCUCGGAGAUCAUGUGAUCCAACAUGGUGAUGGGGUCAAGGAUGUAGCCUUUGAGGUCGAUGAUGUCGAAUGGGUGAUCCGAACGGCAAAGAAAGCCGGAGCAAAGAUUGUCCAGGACAUCACGGAAGAUAAGGAUGAACAUGGAUCUGUAAAGUACGCAUCUGUACAAACGUAUGGCGACACGAUCCAUACCCUUCUGGAGCGGAAGAACUACAAAGGGCUCUUCCUGCCUGGGUUCAAGGAGCACACUGCCCCGAAGCACUUCUGGCAGUCGUUGCCCCGAGUUGGACUCAACUUUUUGGAUCAUUGUGUUGGCAACCAGCCGGAUCUGGAGAUGGAGUCAGCCGUGAAAUGGUACGAAGAUGUACUCACUUUCCAUCGAUUCUGGUCUGUGGAUGAUUCAAUGAUCCACACAGAGUACUCUGCUCUUCGUUCCGUUGUCGUCACCAACUAUGAAGAGACUAUCAAGAUGCCAAUCAACGAGCCGGCUGAGGGCAAACGUGCCGUUUCGCAGAUCCAGGAAUACGUCGACUAUUAUGGCGGAGCUGGUGUUCAGCAUAUUGCCCUCAACACCUCAGAUAUUAUUACAGCAAUCAGGGCGCUAAGGGCCCGCGGCCUGGAAUUCCUCUCGAUUCCCGAUUCAUACUACAACAACUUGAGGGAACGACUGAAGUCUUCCAGAACCAAGGUGACUGAGGAUAUGGACAUUCUCCAGGAGCUGAAGAUUUUAGUUGAUUUUGAUGAGAAUGGAUAUCUGCUCCAGAUUUUCGGAAAGCCAUGCCAGGACAGGCCCACCUUCUUCGUCGAAAUUAUUCAACGAAAGAACCAUCAGGGUUUUGGUGCCGGCAACUUCAAGGCUCUUUUCGAGUCGAUUGAACUGGAGCAGAACGAGCGCGGCAACCUGUUCUACAAAAAUAUCGAGGAGGGAGGCAAGAAAUUGCCGGGAGGAUGGGCUGGA